AUGAGUCAUCCGGGCUGGGUGAUGGUCUCGUUCCUGACCGAAUUGCUCAGCUCGUACGGCGGGCUCGGCACGGCCCACUUACCCAACAAUUGCGCCAACGACACGGAAGUCAUAGACAACCUCUUGAAGGAGGCUUACAACAAGCAUUAUCUCCCAGCGUAUCCUGUCCGCGUCCGCGUAGACAUGUGGGUCCAGGAAGUGACAGCGGUUAGCGAGCUGACGCAGGACUUCGAGAUAGGUAAUUACAACUGGUUUUACUGUGUUUUUCUGAGUCUAUUGUUGUAGGCAAGAUUACUUGCAAUUUCUUUGUCAUAGACGACGUUAUAUUUUGGUAUUUUUAGUAUGUCUUGGCAUUCUUUAUAUCAUAACGUUACAAUUUAUGGCACUCUUUUAUAAAGCAUUUGUGUGCAUAUGGUACUGUUUUUGCUUGAUGGUGCCUUUUUUUGCGAUUAGUACUACUUUACAGCAUUCAGUACCACUUUUUACAAAAUUUACCGCUUUUUUAAGAAAAAAAAACAUUGUUUUUAAGCUAUUUUGUACCAUAAUGUACCAUUUUUUAUUAGAAAGUACCAUUUGGCAUAAUAAGGUAACAAACUCCUUUUUACAACAGUCAUAUUUCAGACUUGUAUAUUAACGAGUUCUGGGAGGAUCCAGCGUUGGCGUUCAACUACAUGAAUCCCUGCAAGAACAAUAUAUCAUUUGAUGACAAAGUGCUCCAGAAGCUGUGGAUUCCGAACACUUGUAAGUGACCGUGUAGCCGAAUUUAAUCUCUUUUUGUCUCAGGUUUCAUUAAUUCCAAGAAUGCUGCAAUUCACGAAAGUCCAUUCAGGUAGGCGACACAUGACACUAGGGUUACUGUAAUUCUAGGAACGUGUUUCUGAUGGUCCUAUCAAACGGUACAGUAUGGGUAAACUACCGCAUGAAGGUAACGGGUCCUUGUGAUAUGAACUUAAAAAGGUAAUGGUUUUACCUUGCAUUAUCAUUAAAAUCAUCGUGAAUAAGUUUAAUUUAAUCACCGUACUAUUGUAGAUUUCCCUUUGAUCAACAAAAGUGUUUUCUGACCUUCGAGUCUUUCAACUACAACACCGGGGAAGUGAGAAUGCAGUGGAAUCAACCAUAUCCUGUCAUGUUGCUCAAAUCUAUCGAAUUGCCAGACUUUGUUUUAGUUAAUUAUAGUGUCAUAGCGAUUGAACAAAUGUAUCCAGCCGGCUGGUGGGACGAGCUUACCGUAGCAUUCGUCUUUAAACGACGGUUCGGGUGGUACAUUCUUCAGGGAUACAUUCCUACGUAAGUACCAUGAUUAACAUACUGUAAAAAUUGUGAAAAGUGAAAACUGAAUACAACAACCAUCGAUGAUUUCCAUAAAGACUACUGCCAAACUUUAAACUGCAGCCUUGUAUUUCAGAUAUGUUACUAUCUUCAUUUCGUGGAUAUCAUUUUACUUGGGCUCUAAAGCCAUUCCUGCUCGAACAAUGUUAGGCGUUAACUCACUACUUGGUAAGCUACAUUACCUUUGCUUUUACUACCAUUUAUUACAUUUGCAUUCCACUUCUUUUUAGCAAUGACAUUUCAAUUUGGAAACAUCAUCAGAAACCUUCCUCGUGUCUCUUAUGUUAAGGUAAGGUUAUGUACAAACUUUGCUCUUUUUACCUUCAACUAUUUAUGAAAAGUUCUUCUUUUAGUACAAUAUAGAUAUUAUCUAACCACUUCUUGAAGAGAUCCUUCCUCAAUUCUUAUUCUUUUUACCAUUCCCGUUUUCAGGCUAUUGACGUGUGGAUGUUAUCAGGUAUGAUGUUCAUCUUUAUGAGCUUAUUAGAACUGGCGGUGGUCGGGUUCAUGUCCAGGAACGACGGUCUUCCACGCCGCGCAUCGCUACGAAAACGAAACGACGACGACUUUUCGUGGAAAGAAAUGCCGAGCCCGCGAAUUGGAUUAAGGCAGUUUUGGGUGGAAAAACAAUGUGCCAGUCUGAGGAAUAAUAACGACGACUUGCCGGUGACUGAGAUCAGAGAACGGCCGCCCAUUAUUCAGCCGAUAACCGAGCCGCCCAUUCAGUGCACCUUCAACAAGUCGAGGACACACUCGAAGAGCGGAAUCCUGCUGUCUUUGUACGACCUCAUUAGGUGCUUCAAAAUAAUAACGCCGGAAAAGGUGGACAAAUACAGGUAGGACACAAUAAGAACAAAGCAUAACACAGAGCCACUGUUUCAGAUGUUUUUUACAUUUUCAUAAAGAAAAUAUAGCAAUUGCCAGAGGUUUUAACUGCAAAAAUAUUUUGAAAAGUACCACUAAUAGUGCUUAACAUAAUUUUUUAAAAAACAUAAAUUUUCUAAUCAAAACUAUAGGUAAUCUGGAAUUAUUACUCGCAUCAUAAAUAAUUUCUAACAUAACCUCCGCAAAAACUAAAAUCAAACAUAACUCAACCACUUUUAGUGCAAUCCUAUUCCCCACUGCGUACUUUAUCUUCAAUGUUGGAUAUUGGGGCUACUACCUCACAGACCUCUCUGCCGAAGAUUUGUCUAUCAGCUGA